CCUAAACCCACCCGCCGAUCUUUCAUUCCUGCUGCAAAUCCAAUAUAUAUGAUUGACGAUCCUUGUUCCUGAAGGAUAUCUUUCCAUUCGCCCACAGUUUACCUCAAUUCCUUCUCCCCUAGUCGCAUACCGGCCCUGUCGCAUAUCGGACUUUCCGCUCUUUCCGUGCCCCCCCCCCCCGGUCGACUUUCUUCAGCCCUGAGCCACUUAUACUUUACUAUUGGGGCAUGCAGACUAAUUCGUUCCUGAACUGAACACGAAAGGGGGGGAAACAACCAAACAAAUAAUAAUUAAAAGUAUCAGAAUUUGGAGGAUAUCUCGAGGGACAAUCCUUCCACACGCUAUGUGGAUUUCCACAUCCCGAUGGCUUCCUUAUCUUUACGGGCUAGCCUUCGCCGUCGGUGGCUUAGCCGCCUCUGAUGCCGAUACCGAUUUUGCCAGCGUGAGGUCGAAGUUUGUCAAGGACUAUAGUGGUACAGGUCCCAGUGAACCAGCAGAAGAGAAAUACUUUCAGGAGUCUAGUUUCCAUUAUCACUACGAUGGAAGGUUCGCCGAGGAACCUCUUCCAGAGGAGGAGACGCUUCCACAUCUAUCGCAACUCAUCCGAACGUACCUAUCAACCAUGGCUGACGUAGGUGCGGAGACAUGGAUAAUGCAUGGGACCCUUCUGGCGUGGUGGUGGAACCAAAAGAUCUUUCCUUGGGACAAUGAUAUCGACGUUCAGAUUUCGGAACCAACCAUCCAUUUUCUGGAUGAAUACUACAACAUGACGGAGCACCACUUCGACAUUCCCGGCAUUGAAGGUGGACGCACCUAUCUCCUCGAGAUCAACCCGAACUAUGUUUUCCGAUCGACGGAAGACAAAAAGAACGUGAUCGACGCACGGUGGAUCGAUACCUCUUCUGGACUAUUCAUCGAUAUUACUGCAGUGCGUCCGGAUGAUGGGAUGAGGAAGAAGGGCGAUACCGGAGCGCUGAUGUGCAAAGACGGACAUAGAUUCGAUGAAAAUGAUAUAUUCCCGCUCCGGAAUAGUCACUUUGAAGAUUUCCCGGUUAAGAUCCCCUUCGAGUACGUUAAGCUGCUCCAAGAGGAAUAUGGCUCCAAGUCUUUAACCGUCACGGAUUUCCAAGACCACCAUUUUAAUGAAGAGACUCUGGUCUGGGACCCUCUUUCGAAACGAAAGAGAUCUUUGCGACGGGAAGGGGGUGAUAUCCCCGUUCGAACGACGCCCCUCCUCUACAAGUUGUAAUGAUCACGCAACUGCCUUCUACAACAUAUAUAUAUUCACCUGAUGGGCCAUAUACAUAUAUUUGAUUUACUUUGUAAUCACGACGCCGUGAGCCAGCACUGGGUUCGGCCCCAAAACAAGCCCCUUCUUCCAUAUAUCAGGCGUUUCUGCUAUUUCAGGUUGCGCAUUCUUCUGGCAUGGGUUGCACAUGGCGUUCGGUUCUUAUAACACAUAUUUUGGCCGCAUUCGCUUUCUUAUCGAAGAAACUCCCGCGAAUGCGCUUCAUAGACAUAGGCUUACGAGCUUUAUCUUUUGGGGUUGUAUCGAUAUGGUUGGUUAAUGGAUGUACAUGAUGUGUAUACAUACUAUAUACUGGGUUUUGGAUACCUGAAUAGAUCUAUCUGAGCUUGUGGUCGGACAGGAGUGACCACCUUUCCAUACUACCCUUGACCAUCAGCCACGUUUCACGACGUGAUAACCCUAUUCCGGCUCAAGACGCUGCUAGUAUCUA